GUGUCUUCAUUGCUAAUUUUAUAAUUAUUAAUGUAAACACGUUUGUGGUGUAUGUUAAUUAUAGUAAUUAUAGUAUUAUUUUAUGAGUUUAAGAUGUUUAUAAAGUCUAUUGUACUGGACGGAUUUAAAUCAUAUGGCCAACGUACAGAAAUUUAUGGAUUCGAUGAUCAAUUCAAUGCUAUUACUGGACUAAAUGGUAGCGGAAAAUCAAACAUUUUGGAUGCUAUUUGUUUCGUUUUGGGAAUUUCGAAUCUUACACAUGUUAGGGCCAAUAGUCUCCAGGAUCUCAUUUUCAAAAGCGGACAAACUGGAAUUAAUAAAGCAACUGUUUCGAUAACUUUUGACAAUUCCAAUGAGGCACAGUAUCCCCCAGGUUUCGAAAACUACCAAGAAAUCACAAUCACCAAACAAAUUGUUAUGGGCGGCAAAAGCAAAUACCUGAUAAAUGGAACAACUGUGACUAAUAAAAGGAUACAAGAUCUAUUCUGUUCGAUACAAUUAAACGUGAAUAAUCCUCAUUUUUUGAUUAUGCAAGGAAAAAUUACUAAGGUGUUAAACAUGAAACCUCCUGAAAUUCUGGCAAUGGUGGAGGAAGCAGCGGGCACGAGAUCGUAUGAAGUUAAAAGACAACAGGCACAGAAAUUAAUUGAUAGGAAAGACGCAAAACUACAAGAAUUAAUGGCAGUUGUCAAUGAAGAAAUCGGUCCUAAACUUGAAAAAUUAAAAAGCGAACGAGAGCAAUUUCUGGAAUAUCAACAAGUUGAGAGAGAGCUGGACAAAAUGAAAUCAUUGUAUUUGUGUUGGCAAUAUUAUCAAAAUAAACAUGUUGUUCAGUAUGCUUUAGGGGAAUAUCAAGAUGCUCAAAUAGAAAUAGAGAAUUUGCAGAAAAAAAUAGAAAGGAAUAUACAGGCUGCGGCACAGAUAGAUGAAGAGGUCAAAAUUCUUCAUUCAAGAAACGAAAAUGCUAUUAAACUAAAAGAAGUCGCAGCUGAAUUAAAAGAAAAAGAAAAAUCUGAAGCAAAAUCCAAUGCUUCCCUAAAAGCUAUUCAAGAUGACAUGAACAUUGAGCAAAACAAACUCACGCAACUGAAUAAAAAUCUCAAUGACGAUGGUGAAGCUUUAAAAACCAAAGAACAGGAGCUGGAAAAGGUCCGGUCGUUAUUUGAAGCCCUAAAGAAGAAUGACGAGGACGAUAAUAAAGCAUUCGCAUUGUCGCAGAAGAAAUUUGAAGCAGUUAGCGCAGGUAUGGAAGUAAACGAAGCUGGGGAAGCUCAGACCCUACAAGACCAAUUCAUGCAGGCCAAGGAGGAAUCCAUGCGGGCUAUUACGGAGAGCAAACAGGCUACAAUGCAGCUAACGUCUUGCCAAACCCAGUUAAAUCAGAAACAAAAGCAGCUAGGGUCUAACUCUUCAGAUUACGAAAAAGAUAAAGCUGAGCUUGCUAGUAAGGAAAAAGAAGUAGAGGCUCUAAAGAAGAAUAUCAGCAAUAUCGAUUACUCUGAAAACAAAAUGAGUGAGCUGCAAAAACAACGCCAGGAUUUGACCAGAGAAAUUCGUUCGUUAAGAGAAGAUGUAGAGCGAUUCUAUUCCCAGAAACCAUACACCAAGUUUUCUUAUUCUGAUCCUGAACCAAACUUCAACAAAAUAUGCGUAAAGGGAGUGGUGUGUCAAUUAAUUAAAUGUAACGAUCCCGAUACUUGCAUGGCACUUGAAACAGCUGCAGGUGGAAAGCUGUAUAAUGUAGUAGUGGACAACGAAAAAACAGGUAAAAAGUUACUAAAAUACGGAGGAUUAGAAAGAAGAAUCAGUUUUAUACCUCUGAAUAAAAUAAAAGCAGCCAAAAUCGACAAUCAUACAAUUCAGGUUGCUCAAAAAUUGGUUGGUGCCGAUAAUUGUAAACCAGCCAUGUCACUUAUAGAGUACGACAGAGAACUACAGAGCGCCAUGGAGUUCGUUUUCGGCAAUGUUUUUAUCUGUACGGAUUUAAGUAUUGCCAAGGAGAUAGCUUUCCAUGACAAAAUCAGGAAAAAGUGUGUCACUCUAGACGGUGAUGUUGCGGAUCCAUCUGGUAUUCUUAGCGGUGGUGCUCCAGUAAAAGGAGGCAGUCUAUUUCUGCAGCUCUGGGAUGCGCAGAAAAAAGAGGAAAUACUUGCUACAAAAGAGAAGGAAUUGGAAAAAAUCAAUGCGCUUAUUCAACAGUUGAGUGGUCAAGAAGAAAAUUAUAACUCUCUAAAACAAAAAUUGGACUUGGCUCAUCAUAAAUUGAAUUUGGUGCAACAAAAACUGCAACGAACUACUCAUCAUAGAGAACAAGAAGAGAUUAAUAAUCUAAAGCUUCAGAUAGAAAACUUGAGGGAAAAAGUGAAGACCUGCAAAGAAAUCGAGACAAAGGCCAAUAAAAAGGCAGAAGAAUUAGAAGCAAAAAUGAAAGACGCCGAAGGUUACCGAGAAAAACAACUCGAAGAAGCAGAGACGGAAAUGAACCAAAUGAAAACAAAGGCAGAUAAGAGUAGAAAGGAAUGGAAGAAACGCGAACAAGACUACGAAACGUUGAAUUUGGAAAUUUCAGAAUUGCGGACUGGUUUGGAUACAAUUAGAGGUCAAAUAGAGGCUUGCAAGCAAACUAUUGCCGAGCUUCAGAGUCAAUACGAUGAAAUGGUCGGUGGAACUUCGGAACUGAAAGAAGCGGUCAAAGCACUACAAGAUGAAGUAAAGCAAAUACACGCCAAAAUAUCUGAUCACAAUAAAGAUAUUCAAAAGAAAGACAAGGAGAAGGAGAAGCUACUGCAAUCGAAUAAUGAUAUAGAACUCAAAAUUAAAGAACACAGCCAUGAAUUGGGUAAAUUGAAGGAAAAGUGCAAAAUCGCCAAACAGAGGGAAGAAGACUUUUCGAAGAAAAUUGAUCUUAAUAAUUCAAAUCUACAAAAAGCGGCGAAUAUGUCUGUGCAGGAAGGACGUGAACUUGAGAGUAGGGUUAAAAAUUACGAAUCUAAAAAACAGAAAUUAGACAGAGUCGUUAAUACAAAAGCACAAAUUAUGUUUGAACAAGAAGAAAAACAGUACAUCAGACUAAGAAACAGACAAAAAAUAGUACAGCAAGAUAAACAGAAAAUUCUGGAAACCCUCGAAGUGAUGGAUACUAAGAAGGAGAAUUCUUUAAAAUUAGCAUACCAACAAGUCUCCAAAGACUUUGGAUCGAUCCUUUCCACGCUUCUGCCUGGUGCAAACGCUAGAUUGGUACCGCCUCUUGGAAAAUCCAUUUUAGAAGAAUUAGAAGUGAACGUCUCUUUGGGCGGAGUUUGGAGGCAAAAUCUAACUGAACUCAGUGGCGGCCAAAGGUCCCUGGCGGCUUUAUCUUUGAUUCUGGCUAUGUUGUUGUUUAAACCUGCCCCUUUGUAUAUUUUGGACGAAGUCGACGCAGCUUUGGAUAUGUCACAUACGCAAAAUAUAGGAAAUAUGUUAAAGUCGCAUUUUAAAAAGAGCCAGUUUAUAAUCGUUUCCUUAAAAGACGGUAUGUUCAACAAUGCUAAUGUUUUGUUCAGAACCAAAUUCGUCAAUGGCGUCUCGAUGGUAUCAAGAACCGUAAACCAAAAUAGUACAUAGUACAGACAUUACAGAUAAUAAUAGUGGUAGUAAAGCUUGUAGUAGAACUAGGUAGUAAUAGUGUAACUUGUAGUAGUAGGAGAAGUAGAUAAUGUUACGAUUGAAUUUUGCAGACCUUCAUUGUUGUUAAAGAAUUUUGAUAUAUUGUUGUUGUCAUACGUGUAUGUAUAUGUUUGAUAUAUUGUUACAUAGAUACAUAAUCGGUUGCCUCUUUUACCAUUAGGUGUCGAGGUUGAUAUAUUGUUAUUAUUUGAAAUAUUGUUCUCCGUUAUU